AUGUUAUUCACCAACUGCGCUCGUACAACUGUUACACCAGGGUCAAAGUUAUUGGUAGUUGAGUUGUGUAUUAAGGGUAAAUUACGUGUAGAACAUGGGAGUAGUGGGGGAAUAGACACGAAACAAAACCCUCGGUCAGAAUAUCGAAGAGAAAAACGCGAGGCUGCUUGGUGUAAGCGUUCUGAAGAAUCUGUAGCAAUGGCUGAAGAAAAGAAUCCGCAAAUCCCACCGCACUGCGACCUCAAUGCCAAGUGGGAGGCCUGUCUCGAUUUGGGUCUCCGUCGCUUCGUUUACUCUUCCUUGGCUGGCGCUUUUGGUGGUCUCCUCCUCUUCCGUACGUCUCAUUUUCUUUACCCUCUGUUUGCUUUCCGAGAAAAUAACUCCUGA